CGUUUAAUCUACUACAGAGAAAUCAUCAGCGAGAAAGACGGACAGCGUGCAUCAUAAACAAGAUGUUUAGAGAUUACUGACUGUUUAAUGGUUUAUUGUGUUGCUCUUAUGACAGAGCUACGUUUGAAAUGGACGAGGCCACAACCCCUGGAAGAAAAAGCAACUUGACUGGAAGUGCCAGAAAACUGAAGGAUAACGCAGCAGACUGGCAUAAUUUAAUCCUGAAAUGGGAUCGUCUGAGUGAUGAAGGAUCCACUGUUGCAACCAAAAUAGUCAACUUCAGACUGAGCAAAGAGUCUUUGAAGGACCCUGAGGUCAUGAUGGAGGGCGAAAAUUUGUCUGCAGCUCCUGCAGAAAGAAGUGCAUAUCAAAGCAACCCAGAGCUAGAGGAGGAAUGCAUCAAACUACAGAAUGUUGUAGACAAAAUGGCCCACAUUCUGUCUAAAAUGGAGAAAAUGGUGUCUGCUGAGAAGGGGAUAUGUGAACUGGAGACAUUUCAGUAUGGAGAGAAAGGAAGACCAACGCCACUUUUUCAGACUUGGUCCACACGGCAGUUUGCUGAAGUAUCUUCUGGUCUUUAUGAGGCUUACAAGCAGGAGCUGGCCCUUAAGAGAACUAUAUUACGGGAAGUGGCCCACACAACUAACCCAGAUCUCUGCAUGGUGUAUCUGACCUGCUGGCUCUAUCAACCCUACAUCCAGGAUAACACCAAACUUCUCCUAGAGAGCUUACUGAUGGAGACAGGCUUCAGAGCUGUCUAAUUUAUUUAUUUAUUAGAAGUUUUUUCAAAUUUAACGGAACAUGAGGAAGUGUAUGCUAUAGAAUAAGCUUCAAAUUUGGUAACAGUACAGUGGUUUAUGAUGCAAUAAUAAAAUGAUAUCCACAAUUUAUACAGUUUCUUGGUUAUGGUAUAGCAAAAUGUGGUUUUAGAAACUUCACAUUGAUGUCAAGUUAAAAGGCAGGGCAAUUAAUUCAGAGAUUCGGGGAAAAAAUCGACGCUUUAUCACCUGCAGAACUAAACAUCAAGGUAUUAUUUCAUUAAAUUGAAGCAACAUUGAAUGGGAUUUUUUUUUUUUUUUUGCUCUCCCUGACAAAAAACCUGUAUGUAAUACGUACGGUGUAUGUAUGUAUUAUAUCAUGUCUAUGAAGACAUUUGGGUUUGAGAUCAAAACAUGAAUGAGAAGAUGGAUCAGAAUUUAGACUUCCUGAUAUUUACAUCUGUUAAACAACUUAGGACAUGGCAGCUUUGGUGGCAGACCACCCAAUUUUUAGGUGAACAAAAGAAUUCGAACAGAUUUGCUUUUAUAUCAGUUCCUUGCAAUAAUUGCAUCAAGCUAGCAACCCACUGACAUCACUAAACUGUUUCAUUCUUCUUUUAUGAUGCUUUUCCACACUUUUACUGCAGCUUCUUUCAGUUUUUCCUUGUUUUGGGUGUUUCUCCCUUUGGUCUCGUCUUCAGGAGGUGAAAUGCAUGCUCAAUUGGGUUAAGGUCUGAAGAUUGACUUGGCCAGUCUAAAACCUUCCACUUUUCCCCCUGCUGAAGUUCUUGGUUGAGUUGGCAGUAUAUUUUGUGUCAUUGUCUUGCUGCAUGGUAAAGUUCCUCCCAAUUAGAUUGGGUGCCUUUCUCUGUAAAUUGUCAGACGGAUUGCUUCUGUAGACGUAUGAAUUCAUUCUGCUACUAUCAUCAUGAGUUUCAUCAUCAAUAAAGAUUAGUGAGCCCAUUCCAGAAGCAGCCAUGUAAGCCCAAGCCAUGACACUACCUUCACCAUGUUUCACAGAUGUGCUCGUAUGUUUUGGAUCAUGAGCAGAUCCUUUCUGUCUCCAUACUUCCCAUCACUUUGGUAGAGGUUAAUCUUGGUUCCAGAACUUUUGUGGCUCAUCUCUGUAUUUCUUUGUGAAUUCCAAUCUGGCCUUCACAUUCAUACUGUUGAUUUAAAGGUUUAUAUCUUGUGGUAUGGCCUCUAUAAUUCUGCUCUCGAAGUCUGCAAACAGUGGAUUGUAAUACCUUCACCCCUGCCCUGUGAAGGUUGCUGAUGAUGUCACUGACCGUUGUUUUUGGGGUUUUCUUCACAGCUCUCAGUGUUCGUCAUCAACUGCUGUCGUGUUUCUUGGCCAACUUAUUCAAUGUCUGGUAAAUCAGAUUUUAACACCGAUUUAUUGUAUAGACUGUCCUCUGCAAAAUCCGUGUUUUUUCAUGUUAUACCUAGUUUCUAUGAACAGAUGGGUGAAAUUAUUAUUAAGUCUGACCAUUUUGAACCAAAUGUUAUAGUUUCAUCUGAUUACACAAUUUUAGACUCCUUUCUUUGGCACAUCUGUGUACAAAAAUAAAAUUUACAUUAUACUCAUCAA